UGAGCCGCGCGGGCUGUCAGACUCUUCCCCAGGAUUGUGCGCGCUGCAGGUGGGCACUGAGAGGUGCAGCCGCCGCCGCCACCGCAGCUGCGGAAGCUCCUGGUCUCCUCGGCUCUCUCCCGGAGCCUGCCGCAAGUCCAUCCUAGCAGAAUACUCGGAGAUCGGGACCGGGAAAGUACGAAAAGAGAAAGAGAUCUGCUUCCUAAGGACCUGUGAGCAGACUCAUCUCUCUACCCUGUGCUACUUUUUCCACUGAGGAAGGUUGAAUUUAGGAGGAAACAGUCUCUAAGAGGCGACCGAGAAAAAAAGGAGCCUUCUGAACUCAGAACAAUCAAUCAUGACUACGGAAUCUGGAUCCGACUCUGAAUCAAAACAGGACCAAGAGCCAGAGCACCAAGAAGCCUCUGGACAGCAGGGACAAACUGGGGCUCAACAGCAGCCAUCAGAACAGCAGCUCAGGGAGGACCAUCAGCAGGCAUUGGAGCAGUUCUCUGCAGCAGCAGCACAUAGCACCCCAGUGAAAAAAGAGGUCACUGACAAGGAACAGGAGUUUGCUGCUGCAGCUUCAAAACAGCUUGAAUACCAGCAGCUUGAAGACGAUAAACUCUCUCAGAAAUCAUAUUCCAGUAAAGUCUCUCGGUCUCCUUUGAAGAUUGUUAAAAAGCCUAAAAGCAUGCAGUGCAAAGUGAUACUUUUAGAUGGAACAGAAUAUCUCUGUGAUGUCGAAAAACGUUCCAGAGGCCAAGUUCUAUUCGACAAAGUGUGUGAACAUCUGAACCUGUUAGAAAAAGACUACUUUGGUUUAACAUAUCGGGACACUGAAAACCAAAAGAACUGGCUAGAUCCUGCUAAGGAAAUCAAAAAACAGAUCCGAAGUGGUGCUUGGCAGUUUUCAUUUAAUGUGAAAUUCUACCCGCCAGACCCUGCCCAGCUAUCUGAAGAUAUCACCAGGUACUACCUCUGUUUGCAGCUGAGAGAUGAUAUAGUAUCAGGAAGGUUGCCAUGUUCUUUCGUUACACUUGCCCUCUUGGGAUCCUAUACUGUUCAGUCUGAACUUGGAGACUAUGACCCAGAUGAAUGUGGAAGUGAUUAUGUCAGUGAAUUCCGUUUUGCACCAAACCAUACAAAAGAACUGGAAGACAAAGUGAUUGAGCUACACAAGAGCCACCGGGGAAUGACACCAGCAGAAGCAGAGAUGCAUUUCUUAGAAAAUGCCAAAAAAUUAUCCAUGUAUGGAGUCGAUCUACAUCAUGCCAAGGACUCAGAAGGUGUAGAAAUUAUGUUAGGAGUCUGUGCAAGCGGUCUUUUGAUAUAUCGAGACAGACUCCGAAUUAACAGAUUUGCCUGGCCAAAAGUUCUGAAAAUUUCUUACAAGAGGAACAAUUUUUACAUAAAAAUCAGACCAGGGGAGUUUGAACAAUUUGAAAGCACCAUUGGGUUUAAAUUGCCAAACCAUCGAGCUGCAAAGCGUUUAUGGAAAGUAUGUGUUGAACACCACACAUUUUUCAGGCUCUUGUUACCAGAAGCACCACCAAAGAAAUUCCUUACCUUGGGUUCCAAAUUCCGCUACAGUGGCAGAACACAAGCCCAGACAAGGAGAGCCAGUGCACUGAUAGACCGACCGGCACCUUAUUUUGAACGUUCUUCUAGCAAACGGUACACAAUGUCCCGCAGCCUGGAUGGGGCAUCAGUGAAUGAAAACCAUGAAAUAUACAUGAAGGAUUCUAUGUCUGCUGCAGAGGUUGGUACUGGCCAGUACGCCACGACAAAGGGCAUCUCUCAGACCAACUUGAUAACAACUGUGACGCCGGAGAAAAAAGCAGAAGAAGAGCGUGAUGAGGAAGAGGACAAGAGGAAAAAGGCCGAGGAAGUCACUCCAGUCUCAGCAGUACGGCAUGAGGCAAAGUCACCUUGGCUUGGCAACAGUUCAUUUUCCUCCUCACCAUCCUCAUAUAAUGGUCCCACUGCAUCUCCAGCAACCCUCCGCAGGAGAUGUAAGGAGAAUGUUCAAAAAGCGUUAGGUUGUGAGCCAGCCAAAGACACUGGGCAGACUCGUGGUGAGCCUGACUUGGAUUCUAAUGGGAAAGGGAAAGCUUACACAGGGGAUCAAGACCUGGCCUUUAGCUACAAACAACAAACUUGCAAAGGCGCAACGCUGUUUUCCUUCUCCUUGCAACUCCCGGAAUCAUUUCCUUCUCUUCUAGACGAUGAUGGGUACCUCUCUUUCCCUAACCUUUCUGAAACCAACUUCCUCCCUGCGAACUUGCAGCAUUACCUCCCAAUUCGUUCUCCAUCGCUUGUGCCCUGUUUCCUCUUCAUCUUUUUCUUUCUGCUGUCCGCUUCUUUCUCAGUGCCGUAUGCCCUCACUCUUUCCUUCCCUCUGGCUAUGUGCCUCUGCUACCUGGAGCCCAAGGCAGCCUCCUUGAGCGCCUCACUAGACAAUGACCCGAGUGACAGUUCAGAGGAAGAGACUGACAGUGAACAGACGGAUACUGCAGCUGAUGGUGAAACCACUGCCACUGAGUCGGAUCAGGAGGAAGAUGCAGACCUCAAGGCACAGAAUAGUCUGAUUAAGCGAAUAAAGGGUGAAAAUGUGUAUAUCAAACAUAGUAAUCUAAUGUUAGAGGAGUUAGAUAAAAAUCAGGAAGAACUGAUGAAACAUCAGACCAACAUUAGUGAGCUGAAAAGAACCUUUUUAGAGACCUCCACAGAAACUACAGUGACUAAUGAAUGGGAAAAGAGAUUGUCCACAUCUCCAGUGCGGCUUGCUAUGAGACAGGAGGAUGCCCCAAUGAUUGAACCACUUGUGCCUGAAGAGACCAAAGAAGAAAGAGAAAUAUCUGAAAAAAUUAUAUUUUUGCAGCAGGGAAGUUCUUCAUUCCUUGAGUCUCAGGAAUUAAAGAAGCUGCAGGAAAGAGAUUCUGCUGGCACUAUGGUUUCUUCUCAUCAGAUCAUUUUGCAGAAAACUGUCCCAUCAACCCUAGAGGGCACAGAGGAUUGGGUUAUUGUAGACAAAAUACCUACUGAGGUAGUUGAUGGUGAUUCAAAAAGAAUUGUCACUUACAAAGUGGUGACCGUGAGCAGCAAAACUGGUGACAUCCCUGCUGACGUUUUAAAAUCCAGCACCAUUGAAAUGCAGAGUUUUGAUGACUUAACACGGGAACUGCAAUGGAAAGAAGAGAGCAAACAGAAAACAUACACUUUAGGAAAAUCUUACGAUACCGUCUCGGGAAAAAUUGUGACCAUGACAGGGAAAGCUAAAGAGGGUGAAAAAACAGGGGAGCCCUCCACACUUGAAGCCCUUCAGAAAUUUGAGAGAGGGAUGACAGAAUCUGUGAAAAUCAUUCCUGUAAUGACAGAAUAUGAGGUCCUAGAAGCCAUCUCAGAUGACAAGGCCAGGAGAGGAUCUGAGGUGCAGAUCGUGAAAAGGAAAUUGUCAGAAUCUCUGGCCCCCAUAAAAGAAGCUGAAUCCCGACUGCCAAGUCCAGAUGAAGAAAGUCUGAAGAAAGCCCAGAAGCUGGAAAAGAAUUUGGAAUUACGUACUGGCCUAGGACGUACACAGUCUACUGGGAUAGAACAAGCACCAGACAGUGAAGCUUUAAAGGCGGGGUUCUUUGCUCGAAAAGAAAAAGGCCCUUCUGAAUGGAGAUACUCCUGGGAGCCAGGCUUCACCGUUGCUACCGCUCAUUAUGUCACUGAUUCAUCGGCAUCCCGAGUGGUGACUAAGUCUACUGGCGAAAAGAUCUUGGAUGGCUCAGAUAUCUUCACUUUAAUAGACUCUGCAAGAAAACCCACAGAGUUCAUAGGAGGGGUUACUACUUCUUCACAAAACUGGGUUCAGAAAACAGAAACCAAGACGGAGCCCAGUGAAAUACAGAAAGAAUCCAGCGAGCCACACCCGCAGCUUAGCGCAGAGAAGGUUGUUCAGCAAACGGUGGUGGUGGAGGAGAGACGUGUGAUGAAUGUGCAUGCAAGUGGGGAUGGUUCUAACCUGGCUGGAACUCAUUUGGAUGCUGCAGCUCAGGCAGUAUCUGCUGUGGCUUCUAAUGUUCCCGGGAAGGCGGGUUCUGCUCUGACUGAGGGGGCUAAAGAGGAGAAAAGGGAGGAGGAGGAGGAGGCUGAUAAAGCUGUAAUCAAACAGGAAGAGAUUGCCACUGUUUCUCACGAGCGAGAGGAGGAGCAGACUGCAAGAUCCCUCAUUUCGGAAUCAUUGGAAUCCAAACCUCAUUUUGAGUCACAAUCUGUGAAGACAGAAACGAUCAGUUUUGGCAGUGUCUCCCCCGGGGGAAUAAAGCUGGAAAUUUCGACUAAAGAAGUGCCCGUAGUUCAUACAGAAACAAAAACCAUAACAUAUGAAUCAUCACAGGUUGAUUCCAGUGCUGAUACUGAGCCAGGUGUAUUGAUGAGUGCACAAACAAUCACAUCAGAAACAACCAGUACUACAACCACCACACACAUCACCAAAACUGUGAAAGGAGGCAUUUCAGAGACAAGAAUUGAAAAGCGAAUAGUCAUCACAGGAGAUGCAGACAUUGACCACGACCAGGCGCUGGCUCAGGCAAUUAAAGAAGCCAAAGAGCAGCACCCUGACAUGUCAGUGACCAAAGUAGUGGUACAUAAAGAGACAGAGAUCACACCAGAAGAUGGAGAGGACUGACCCCAGGAAUAAAUUAGCUUGCAUAUGAAUCCAGUCAUGCACACCAUUAGGAACACCAGAGCCUAUAUGGAGUCCCCGUUCUAACCCGACUGACUGACUUGUAUCUGUCCGUGGAAAAUUUCAGUCCAGAAGAAUUGAUCUUGACUAUUAAUAAAGACACUGGCAGAGAGAUCUUCCCAUAAUAGAGCAAUCCGAUUCAGCAUCAGUAAACCGAUAUUGCAUGAAGCAACGAUAAAAUUGCAAAAGAGCAACAUUUUUAAUUUUUACAAACUGUCUAAGUUUUCAGCUAUACCUGCACGUUCAUAACCAACAAUAUAAACAGUGAUCUCAUGUAACACAUAAACAAUUCAUGCCUUUCACAGUUUAUUAUUAAAGUCUAAACAAAAUGAUAAUUUGUUAGGUGGCAAAAACUUUUUUGUUUACAAAUUAAAUUAAAAUUACCCUCAAAUGCUAGAAGCUGUAUAGGUACGGUGUAUAAUGUUUUAUCACACGUUAGAUGUGCCAAUAACACAGUUUAUUCAGUAAACAACUUGAAUCUUGUUCUUGUUUCAUCUGGUUUUAUUAUUAUUAUUAUUAUUAUUCCCCUAUAAAAUGAUGAAUCCCUAAUCCUAUGGAAAUAUUUAAUGCUUAAAAAAUGUACUUUGUAUAUCUGAUUUAAUACCUUAUGAGGUAGUCAUGAUAUUAGUAUUUCUACUUGAUUUUCUUUCUGUUGUCUACCUUGUUCUGCAUUAAAUCCAGAAAGCUUCCGUUUACCUUUCACAAGUCCUAAAUCUAUAAAUUGUCAUUAUUUUGAGGAAAUGUGUGCUUUCCUUAUAUUACAAAAUUAUUACUCUGUAAUAACCCUAUUGUUUUUUAUUGAUUUUUUUUCCUUAUGUUAUUUGAGAAAAAAACAAAAACGUGUUGCAUUUCAAAACCUGGUCAACAUUUAUAAUCUAGUUCAGAGCCAAGCCUUAAACUGUACAGAACUUCCACUGUAAACUAUGAGUGUUCAGUUAUAAAUAUCCAUUGAAGAGUUCUAUUCUCCAUCACACUGUCAACUGCAUCACAACACAUGGUGAAUGUAUGUUUCUGCAUAGUGAAAUAAAAGUGGUAAAUGCAUUCAAAACUGUA